AUGGCAAAUACCCUCACCCUGUCGUCCGCGGUUGCCGCCGGCGGCCCGUUCGAGCAGCAAGGCUCCAUCGACUGGGUCCAAAUCGCCAGAAUGUCCGUUUCCGUGCCGAUCUCCAUUCUGGCACGUGUUACAGCUGCCGACGUUUCUCCUCUCACCAUCGUCGUGGGGCAGGAAAUGUCAUCUCUCUUUCGAUUGUCUGCCACUGGACAUGAACGUCUCAUUAGAGCCCUUGGGGAACUGAAGAGCUUCUCCGCCAUCGGAGAUGUCAUCUGGUUCGGCUUUGGGAUAAAGCAUAUAGUACGAGUCCUGGCGGAGACUGGCAAAGGGCUGACGUGCUUGACGCUAUGUGCAUGUCUUUCAGAAGUCCAUACCCCGAAGACCUGCGCCGAAAUCUUGAUGAGGCUGGCUGAUGUCUGCGACGCCCCAGAUGAUCUACGACCCUCUGCGAGUCAAUGGAUCAAUUUGGUAGAAGUCUGUUCCGGAACUCUCAAGUCUACUACCUUUUCCUGCAUCGCGGAGCAGUUCAUGACAUUCCAUCGUCCUCACGUGAGGGAUGAUUAUGCGGAUGAGGCUGGAGACGUUGCGAAAGCCUUGCUAGCUGUCGCCCGUGUUUCUUCAGGUGUCCUCAGCUCGGUGACAUUGACAGGUGGUCGAUCCUGCGGAUGGAUAGCUGCCAUUGGAUUCUAUUUUCUUGGCCUCGAGGUCGAGAUUCGAAAUGCCCGCAACGAUAUUCUUUACAAGUCCACGGCUAAUGAUGAUGCGAUACGACUCUUAGUUAUCUACGGGACAGGGCAGCCUUCCAACCAAGUUCAGGUCAACAGCACCGCCUACUUCAUCAGCUCUGUUGAUAAAGUCAUGUCAAGCCAUGGGCAGCGGCUUGAUUCUAUUCUCUCCGGGGCCGUUCCAUGGGAUAGCUGCCUUUUCAAGACUUUUGGGGACCGUUUCAACAGGCUUAUGGAUGCCAGGCAAGACUUUGGACGUCUAAUGGGCGCUGCUGCAGGCGUCUUUGAAGCCUUGACCAACUCUGACACAGGAGGCAUAUUCGGUUUCGAUGACUGCAUCAGUUGGUUUGGCUUUCAACAAGGCCAGUACGGGCAUGGCUUUUCUGACUCCGCAAGCUCAUUGUUCCCUGAACUCUUGCCCCUUGGGCCCUACAUUGAUGUUGAAACUGGCAUGUCUGUUGCCGAUGCUGUUGAGGCAUACAACCAAGCCUCGGAGGAAUUGGCAAGCAUUUGUAACUGUCAUUUCUGUUCCGAAGACUCUUCUAGAUGCAUGAAGCGUUACUGCCUUCCCGUACUGGCCGAGACUAUUAUCUUCCUUAUCUGGAAUGUUUCUGCUCUCCAGCUUGAUGCCGAUCUCCGGCCUUAUCGCUCCGGCCUGAGAUUUAUCUACCAACUGCAUUCUGGUAGGGCCACGACCCACACGAGUUUUGGACAAGGUUAUGGAGCUGGUGGUCAUCAUAUAGCUUACUGGGGGGAUAUUGUUCGCCUCGUGCGGCUCCUUGGCCUCGCUUCAGUAUAUCAUACUUCUCAAUUUCUGUUUACUAACCACUUGUACCCGCUCCAAGCACACAAAGCAUUUACUGCCGCUUCUGUUGGAGGGAUAUGCUUCUAUUUUGACAUAUUGCGAAACGUAUCAGAUCGGCCGGAAGAGGCGAUGAAACUGCAUGUUGUACCUGGUGUCAUUCAGACAAAUACUGGACGACAGUACCCUUGUAUCGCAGAUAAGACUGGCACAAGGUCUCGUGGUCUUUUGGGAUUCGAUUGGAGAGACAACCUUUCCUAUAAAGAUGCCACCCGACAUCGGACCGAUUACCAAGCUAGUGUGACGCAGACCUUGGGCGGCAAUACCUCAAUCCCCAUACUUGGUACAGAUACCGGAAGCUCUGAUCUGAAAGUUCAACUAUUAAUCGAAGAGUCUACCGGUGGCUUGCUUGUUGAUCUUCACUUAUCUGGCUCCGCGGGAGCUUGCCGUGUCGGGGCAUAUAGCAUGCUCAAAGAGAUCAUCCAGAACUCAGGACUAGUCUACUGCACUCACCGCGAUUGCGCCAGGAUGGAUCACAUCAACUGUGAUAUAUCUGUUAUAGACGGAGAAGGCUCUGUACCCCCGAACCUUGAGCCGAGGAUCUACCUACGAAGGCUCGCUGGUAAUCCUUUGGCGAGAACUGCUGCCACCAUGCGAGAUGAUCAUCGAAGGUCUCCUUCCUAUGUUAUUCUUUGA